AUUCCUGGCGCUCUUUCAAAGGGCGCCUUUUGAUGACCCUGCGCAGAGCGGGGGUCCUGGUGCGCCAGGGAUGCCACGAGCUGGGGAUUGCACGGAGCAACUCUCGGAAAAGGAAGUCGAUGGGACCCUCGGCCCCAAGUGGAGCUUUGUGGAUGCUGGGCAGGGCAAUGACGUCCAAGUCCCUCUUCUUGUGUCUGGCCAUCUUCUCUUCGCUUAUCCAAGUGGUGAUAGAAGGCAGCUCUUGGUGGUCUCUGGGCAUGAACCACAUGAAUCCCAUGAACCCUGUUCAGAUGCCAGAGGUGUACAUAAUUGGAGCCCAGCCGUUGUGCAGCCAGCUGGCAGGGCUCUCUCAAGGACAGAAGAAGCUCUGCCAUUUGUACCAGGACCACAUGCAGUACAUCGGAGAGGGAGCAAAGACUGGGAUUAAGGAAUGCCAGUAUCAGUUCCGCCACAGACGAUGGAAUUGUAGCACUGUGGAUAAUAACUCUGUUUUUGGCAGAGUCAUGCAGAUAGGCAGCAGGGAGACGGCCUUCACUUAUGCUGUCAGUGCUGCUGGAGUGGUCAAUGCAAUGAGCCGGGCCUGCCGAGAGGGGGAGCUGUCCUCCUGUGGUUGCAGCAGGGCCGGCCGGCCAAAAGAUUUACCUCGGGACUGGCUGUGGGGCGGCUGUGGGGAUAACAUUGACUAUGGCUAUCGCUUUGCCAAAGAAUUUGUGGAUGCCCGCGAGCGAGAGAGAAUAUAUCAGAAAGGAUCUUAUGAGAGUGGUAGGAUUUUGAUGAACCUGCAUAACAAUGAGGCGGGGAGAAGAGUAAGUAGCCCAAACAGAACUUUUUUUCCUGCAGUUUUCCUUUGACCUGAAUGUCAGAAGUGUGGUUUCCAUUGACGAUUUUGUUCCUUGAAUGUAUUUCCUGAAAAUUGUGCCUGUUGGGUUUGGCAAGUUGAAUUUGCAUCCUAGUUGCCUGCAGGUGAGACUUGUUGGCUGGACUCAGAAAUGUUACAGUCCUUUUCUUUAUAUGCAGAAGAGGAAUAUUGCUAAUUCAAAUGAGAAAGAGGCAAUGGAAGGAAGAGAAUGAACUUGUGGCAAUACAAGGGCCAUUGGCUAGAUUCCUUCCUUGACAUGGGUCCAAAGGACACCUUUCCACUUCCGGAUUCUCUAGCAAAACUGUUGAAAGC